AUGGAAUCUUGGAGCUGGCAGUGGACCGCAUCACCGUUUCAGGUGCAUGGCAAGGCUCUUGCGGCGCCCUCCUCUGCAGAGGCCAUCUCUCAAGCUUUGUGCCGUCUCUCCGAUGCAGAAGUGCUGUUCAUCAGUGGCACUUCGUCUGGCUACAAGUGGGGUUCCUUCACCGUUCGAGGCCGUCAGGCAGCGCGCGGUCUACGCCAACUGCUCUCGGAUGGCCCGGUGAUUCGCGCUCGGGCAUGGAAUCAGAACUGCAAGACGUGGUGUGAUGACCGGAGGGUUUACGGCGCGAACUGGUCGGACCCUGUGGCCAUCGUCCAUGUGAAGUAUCCUUGCGAGUGUGCCAUGGAGCUGCUGAGCUACCGGACAGGAGUCGCUCGCGUGCUGCAUGUCUACGACCCCGUGGACCAGUUUGCCUACAUACCCGAAGGGAUGCAUGUCAUCUUGGCCCAGACUUCGCUGGCCGCACAAGACUACGGGAAUCAUCCUUACGUCGUGGCUAACGGCAUUCAGGUUUACUGGCAUCCCCUACACCAUUCGAACACCGACGGUUACGAGAUACCAUGGCGGGAGCAAGCUGCGGUUGUCGGCAGCCAUACGACGCAUAACGACACCGAGCUCUAUGCGGCUUUAGAGGAUGCAGCGGAAUCGCUUUCAAUCCGUUUUCUUCACAUCGAUCCGGCCGCGCGCUUCGCGAACACCGCGGGACUCGUCGUGAGUCCUCAGCAUACGCAGGAGGUGUACAAACAGUUCGGUGAGAUGGACAUCACCGUCAUGCGCCACAGCGGGUGCAUGAUGCAUCUGAAUUGCACCGUCACCCGCAAGUGGUUUUGCGAUCGGUACAAGACCGGCCAACGCCUCGUCAAUGCCUUCGCUGCCGGCCUCCCCACGGUGCUGUGGAACGAGCAAGGCUUUCUAGACGUCAUUGCUGGGAGCGACUAUCCUGCCGUCGCCCGGAGCAUCGACGAAGCCGUGCACCUAACGAAAGCCAUUGCUUCGGACAACACGCUUCGAUGGCAACUACGCUUACAAGCGAG